CUUAUAAAAGUUAUGAUAAUAUCAAACAGAAAUUAUAAAAUUCAUUAACAAUUGAAAGUUUUCAUUAAUUUUUUAAAAAUAAUUAAAGUCUUCAUCAGGCUGUAAGUAAUUCAAAAGUCUUCCACUAGUUUACUUUACAGUUCUGUUGUGUUGCAUUUUCUGGGUAUCACAUACUUUCUUGCCAUUUUUAUGUAUAAAGAAACUCUUUUGCUACUUGCUAGUGAUCAGAAGUUUGUUACUCCUAAUUAGGUAGUAAGUACUCUGCCUUUACAAUGGAGAGGCUCUUUGUUAAGUUUUCAUUAUGGGUUUUUAUUAUUUUGGUUCAAAUGAAUGCAUACAAAGCUUGUUUGGAACAAGAGAGGAUAGGUUUACUCCAAAUCAGGGCAUUCAUAAAAUCAAAUUGUGAGAUUCAAGAUAAUCUUGACUCAUGGGUUGAUGACAGAAUAAGCACCAAUUGUUGUGAUUGGGAUAGAAUUACAUGCAAUUCUACCUCACAGCGUGUGAUUGUGAUCUCUCUCAACUUCACAACAGGAUCAAAGUUGGGUAGCCCUGACGGAUUUUGUAGCCUAAAUCUCUCUUUAUUUCACCCUUUUGAAGAACUGCUCAGCCUUGAUCUAUCUCAUAAUGCGUUUGAUGGCUGGAUUGACCAUGAAGGUUUUGAAAGAUUAUCAAGCUUGAAGAAGCUACAGGUCUUAGAUCUGGGUUCUAAUUACUUCAACAGCAGUAUCUUAUCAUCUGUGAGUUCUCUUGUAUCACUUAAGACCUUGGUUCUUAGAAGCAAUGGAAUGGGUGGUUCAUUCCCUAGUAAAGAAUUGGGUGGUUUGAAAAACUUGGAAACAUUAGAUAUGAGUUAUAAUCUAUUCAAUGGAACACUCCCAAUGGAAGGAUUGUGUGGAUUGAAAAGCCUUGUUGAGUUGGGUCUCAGUACUAAUCAGUUUUCUGGUCCUCUUCCUCAAUGCAUCGGCAACUUGACUAACCUCCAAGUUCUUGAUCUGACAUCCAAUCUGUUUGGUGGCAACCCACUAUCUGUUGUUUCUGAAAUCAAAUCCCUCAAGUACUUGUUUCUUUCUGGUAAUAAGUUUGAAGGCUCAUUCUCAUUUAGUGCUUUGGCUAACCACUCAAAACUUGAGAUAUUUCAGCUUUCAUCAGGAAAUGAACUUUUAGAAUUGGAAACAGAAACCCAUGGUUGGCUCCCUAAAUUUCAACUGAAGAUCAUUGACUUGCCAAAUUGCAACUUCAAUGUGCAAACUAGAAAAGUUCCUAGCUUUCUUCUCUAUCAGUAUGACAUACGCUUCAUUGAUCUCUCUCACAAUAAUUUGUUUGGAACAUUCCCCAGUUGGAUCUUACAGAAUAACUCAAAGUUAGAAGUUAUGAAUGUGAUGAACAACUCAUUCACUGGACCCCUUCAGUUGCCAAAUCUUAAGCAUGAUUUAGUUGAGUUUGAAAUUUCAAGCAACAACAUCACUAAUAAGCUGCCUAAGGAGUUUGGUUUCGUCUUCUCAAAUCUAAUCUAUGUAAACCUGUCAAAGAAUAGUUUUGAAGGUAAUAUUCCUUCUUCAAUUGGUGAGAUUAUAGGACUAUCUAUUCUGGAUUUGUCCAAUAAUAAUUUCUCUGGAGAGUUGCCAGGAAAUCUGUUUGUGAAUUUGUCCAUUCUAAUUGCACUAAUUCUAUCAAAUAACAAUUUUCAUGGGAACAUUUUUCCCAAGUAUGUGAACUUGCCAGAAUUGUAUGUAUUAGAUAUGAAUAACAACAGCUUCAGUGGGAAUGUAAGUGUAGACUUACUGAACAUUCCUGGUUUAUCUGUUUUGGACAUAUCAAGUAACAAAGUAUCAGGUAGAAUUCCGAUUCAGCUAUGUAAUCUGAGUAGUAUUGAGAUUUUAGACCUCUCAAAAAAUAUGUUAUUUGGAUCUUUGCCUUCUUGCUUCAAUGCUUCGUCAUUGCGGUUUCUGUUUUUGCAAAAGAAUAGUCUAAAUGGUUUGAUACCACAUGUGAUAUCUAGAAGUCCUGAUUUAGUGGCUCUUGAUCUGAGGGAUAACAAGUUUUCUGGAACUAUUCCAUCUUGGAUCAGUCAACUUUCCACAUUGCGCGUGCUUUCAUUGGGAGGGAAUGCAUUAAGUGGUAAUAUUCCUACCCAGUUGUGUCAAUUGAGAAAUUUGAAUAUCAUAGAUCUUUCUCGCAAUUCAUUUCAUGGUUCAAUACCUUCAUGCUUCAACAAUUUAUCAUUUGGGAUGACGGGAGAAGAUGAGUUUCAGUCUGCUUCUACUGGUGUGGCGUUUGCUGAACCAGUUAGCUCUUCUGCUCAAUACAAUGCUACUCUUGAAUUGGAUCUGCCUGGCCUAUUUCCAUGGUCGUCCCCUUCAGAUAAUGUAAAAGUGGAAUUUGCAAUGAAGAAUAGAUAUAACUCCUACCUUGGUUACAUUAUCAACUCAGUGGCAGGAAUAGAUUUGUCACGGAAUGAGUUAACUGGCAGCAUUCCUCAAGAACUUGGAGAUCUCGGUAAAAUUCUAUCAUUGAAUUUGUCUCAUAAUCACUUAACAGGAUCUAUACCUGUUAGCUUUUCAAAUUUGAAGAGCAUUGAGAGUCUAGAUCUUCACAACAACAAUUUGAGUGGUGAAAUCCCUACUCAACUAGCUGCGCUGAACUUUUUAGGAACCUUUAAUGUUGCCUACAACAAUUUGUCUGGUAGAAUUCCUGAUAAAGCGCAGUUUGGGACAUUCAGUGAAAGCAGUUACAGAGGUAACCUUGGUCUUUGUGGAGAUAUCAUUCAUAGGAGUUGCAACCUUAAAGAAGCUCCAUCAGGAAUUGAUGCAGAAGAAGAAGAAGAAGAAGAAGGUGCUAUUGACAUGGAGUGGUUCUACUGGAGUCUCUGUGCAUCCUAUGUUACAAUCCUAAUGGGGUUAGUAGCAAUUCUGUACGUAAACAGGCGUUGGCGCAUGGUGUGGUUUUACUACGUUCAUGUCUGUAUUUAUUCAAUUUUUGGAAUUGAAUUCUACUACUAAUCAUCUGUCUAUGCAAAAAUGGAUGCUUCUGCUACUACCUUGAAGAAUAAUAUAUAUUUUUAUUAUUUUUCUUCUUCUAUUA